AUGACAUCAUUACAAGGAUCAAGGUUUUUUUGCUCUAACUCAAUGAUACGGAAAACAAAUCUGUCGGUGUGGAGAGUAUGGAGGACUUUCACGUUGAGCCUGCAUUCGUCUGUGGUCGGUGGAUCUUUCAGCCCUGGACGUUCGGAGGGAUCCAAAGAUCUGCCCGAUGGUUCAGCUGAACAGCCCCCUCACAUGCCUGUAAUGGUUAAAGAGGUGCUUCAUUAUUUGGAUAUUCAACCAACUCAGAUGGUCCUGGAUAUGACAUUUGGAGGUGGUGGUCAUACCAAAGCAAUACUGAAUUCGGUUCCUGAAGUCACAGUUCUGGCCUUAGAUCGAGAUCCUUCAGCUAUUUCUCUGGCCCAGCAGUUAGCCAAGGAAUGUUCCGGUCGUGUGAAACCAUUGCUCGGCCGGUUCAGCGAGCUUGAAGCCUUGCUGUCUAACAUGAACAUUAAGCCAGGCAGCAUUGAUGCUGUCCUGUUGGAUGCCGGCUGUUCCUCCAUGCAGAUGGAUGAGGAGGAACGAGGCUUCUCCCUCAGCAGGGAUGGGCCCUUGGAUAUGAGAAUGGAUGGAGAGAGGUACACCGACAUGCCCUGCGCUGCUGACGUAGUGAGUACCUUAGAUCAACAGGCUCUCGCAUCCAUCCUCACUGCAUAUGGAGAAGAGAGACAUGCCAGGAAAAUAGCUUCAGCCAUUGUGGAGGCACGCCGUGUCAACCCCAUCACACGGACACAGCAGCUGGCCAGCGUGGUUGCAGGAGCGUUUCCUGCUGCUGUUGUCUAUGCACGUUCAGACCGACUCCACCGACCGGCACACGUGGCCACAAAGACCUUCCAAGCUCUGCGCAUCUUUGUGAAUGACGAGCUGAAUGAACUCCACGCGGGUCUGCGAGCUGCCCAGGAAGCACUGAAACCUGGAGGGCGUCUCUGCGUGAUUACGUUUCAUUCAUUAGAGGACAGACUGGUCAAGCGUUUCCUGCAGGGAGAGGACUUGUCAAACCUGGAUCAGUACCAUUUCAGCCAGAAGAAGCAGGGAAGCAGGAGAGAAAAUGUAGCAGGCGAAAAAAGAGACAGCAGAAGUAUCUACUGGCUUCCUUUGAGAAGGAAAGUGAUCACUCCGGAAAAGGAGGAUGUAAGAGAGAAUCCACGAGGGCGCUCCGCCAAACUCAGGGCAGCACUCCGACUUUAACAUUAAUUAUGUCGGAUGAGAAGAGAAUCUGUUAACUGUUAGUUUCUGGGAAACCAAAGACCUUGAUUACUGCGUUUUAUAAUGAUCAAAUUUAAUCUAAACUUUCAUAUUCCACAAUUUCAGUUUCUGAUCUGUACUCCAUGAAAGCAUCUAGUGAUCCAAAUACCACACAUCUGGAACACGAGAUGCAUUGCGUGUGUUUGUGUGUGUGUUUGAUAGGUCUGCUUUGUUCUUUUGUCUUAACGUCUUCUGUCUUUGCAAUGUCUUCUAUGAACAGAUACUUAAUGACCAAAUGUAGAACCAAGAGGUCAAAAGUUGACGUGCUGAUGUUGUAGUAUAUAUACAUGUACAGUAUGCACACAACAAAUUUGUUGAUACCCUUCCAUUUAAGGCAGAACAGCCCACAAUGGUCAUAACAUAACAUGAAACUGACAAAAGAAGUAAUAGUAAUUUACUGAUAAUGAAUGAAUGAAAAUCCGAAAUUGCUUUUGAAAUAUGGUAAAAUAUAUGUAUGCACAAGCAAACAUGAUGACCUGCAUGUUGUUGGUAUCUGUAAAGAGUACAUUGUUUAAAGCGUACUGUAAAGAAAAGAAAGCGAAAGUAUAAAAGAAAGAGAUAUAUGGAAAGAGCAGUAUGCAAAAAACCUAAUGAAGCAUAUAGCGAUGCAAUGAGGCUGCUUGCUUUCUUCAGGUUUAGGCCAGCUGAGUUGGACUUGGUUAUUCAAGAAAAUUAAAAACUCCACUAUAAGAAAACCUUUUGGUGUUGUUGCACGUUCAUUGUCUGUUCAUACAUCAUACAUCAGUUUUCCAAAGUUCUCCAUGGUUAUACCUAAGUAUACUUGUGAAUGUAUUGUGUCAUAAAUAAAGUCAUCUAUAAACUUUUCAGACAGCAGCAACCCAGUACCAUUUACAUGCCCAUGCCAUCACACUACCUUCACCAUGCUUCAUUCAGCGUUCCUCUCCAGUUUUCCUUUCCCCGUUAUUUUGGUACACCACAAUUUAUCUUGGUUUUAUGUGUCUUUAGGAUCUUGUUCCAGGAAGGUGAAUGAUGUGUAAGAAGAAAAUUCAGUUUGUAUAUCACAAGUUUGUAUAUCGAAAUAAAAUCCACAUCUGUGCGAGGAUUCAUGCAGAGACGUAUGUGUUUUGUUUUUUUUCCUCUCCAAGGGAAUAUGUGGUCGUGCACUGGUCUUUUACUGUUCAUUGCUAAUUUUUAACAUUGAACCUAGGUUUUUCUGCCUUUUUUGACUGAUAUGUCUGCUUUGUUCUUUUGUUUUAAGAGUGCCCUCUUUCUUUGAACUGCUUCUACGAACUCGUACCAAAUGUAAAAUCAAAAGCAAUUAUCCGAUCACCUUUGAAUCUGUAUAAAUAAAUAAA